AUGGUUUAUACCGUUCGCAAGAUCGCUCAGCCUUACACGCUCGAGCACCGUGUUUACAUCGAGAAGGAUGGCGUCCCCGUCUCUCCCUUCCACGAUAUCCCCCUCUACGCCAACGAGGAGCAGACUAUCCUGAACAUGGUCGUUGAGAUCCCCCGCUGGACCAACGCUAAGCAGGAGAUCUCCAAGGACGAGUUCCUGAACCCCAUCAAGCAGGACACCAAGAAGGGCAAGCUGCGCUUCGUCCGCAACUGCUUCCCCCACAAGGGCUACCUCUGGAACUACGGUGCCUUCCCCCGCACCUGGGAGGACCCCAACUCCAUUCACCCCGAGACCAAGGCCAAGGGUGACAACGACCCGCUCGACGUUUGCGAGAUUGGUGAGCUGGUUGGCUACCCCGGCCAGGUCAAGCAGGUCAAGGUUCUGGGUGUCAUGGCCCUGAUUGACGAGGAGGAGACCGACUGGAAGAUCAUUGUCAUCGACGUCAACGACCCUCUGGCCGCCAAGCUCCACGACAUUGAGGAUGUCGAGCGUCACCUGCCCGGUCUCAUGCGUGCCACCAACGAGUGGUUCCGCAUCUACAAGAUCCCCGACGGAAAGCCCGAGAACCAGUUCGCCUUCUCCGGCGAGUGCAAGAACAAGAAGUACGCCGAGGAGGUCAUCAAGGAGUGCUCUGAGGCCUGGGAGAAGCUCAUCUCUGGCAAGAGCAACGCUGGCGACAUCAGCCUUGCCAACACCCAGCUCGACCAGAACCGCGCUGACCAGGCUCAGGUCGCUGCCCUCCCCCGCAACGAGAACCUGGCCCCUGCUCCCAUUGACGGCAGCAUUGACAAGUGGUUCUUCAUCUCCGGCGCUGCCGUGUAA